CAAUCACUCACUCCUCCCUCAUUCACGACAUUGUCCUGCGAGCAGCGAGCAUCGAGCGUCUUGACCUUUCGCUGCUGCCUUGAGUCACCUUGCCUUCAUAAGCUCUACAUCUUCUACGCACGGCUCAAAUCACAAACAAGAGCGCUACCGGCCGAAGCUGGAUACCAGACAGGCAGCAUGUCUACCCAAGAAGGCGGCGGCACGGCCGCACCGGAUGAGGCCGUCUACUCAUUUCGCCUCCUCGAGGCGCUGAGGCAAGGAGAUCGCAAGACCUUAGGGCCCUGUCUGGCCAAAGCAGAAAAGGCGGUCAAGGGCGCACCUGUCAAGGAGCUCACAAGCCCGUUGCACAUUGCUGUUCGCUGCGCCGAGUACUCGACGAUCGUCUACUGCUUGGAGCACAAGGGUCUGGACAUCAAUGCCGUAGAGACGCAGCAUGGCAAUACGCCCUUGCAUAUCGCAAUGUCUCUGGGCAGGUGCGAUGUGGUUCAGCUACUUCUGGAGCAGCCUUCCAUCGACGACACGAAGCGCAACAAGGAUGGGAGGGAGCCACUUGAGAUGGCAAAGACGCCAGAGGCAGCGCAGCUGAUUCAAGUCUCUCGCGCAAAGCUCAAUGCAGACUUCAUGGAGACGCUGUGUGCUUGGGAGGGCAAGAUGCCAACCGCGGAGGACAAGCUCUACGCUUUGCUUGAGUCACCCCGUGUAGGCGCCAUUGAUCUCAACGUCCAGAGCAAGACUUCGGGUACCACGCUGCUCCACGAAGCCGUCGCUCGCAAAGACACCAAGAUGAUCGAGGCGGCCGUCAGGAGAGGAGCAGACGUCUAUGCCCGCAACCGCAAGGGGAAGAGCGCGCUCGAUAGCUCCAAGGAUGAGAAGAUCAAGGCGCUCCUUCGUCAAUUCUCAAACGCAGAUGCAGCCAUCGCAGCUCAGACGCUUCCUGGCCUCCCUCCCACAUUCCGUGGUUACCUUGCCAAGUGGACCAACCUGGCAGGUGGCUACAAGACGAGGUGGUUUGUGCUCCAAGACGGCAUUCUCUCGUACUACCACACGCAAGAAGAGGAGGGCAAGUCAUCAAGAGGUUCAGUCAAUUUGAGAUUCGCCAAGAUCCGUGCUGACAGCAACGACAAACAUCGAUUCGAGAUUAUCAGCGAGGCCACGACGAAGAGCUCGAGCAAGCUCUACCUGCGAGGCUCGCAUCCCGUUGAGCGAGCCCGCUGGGUCCAAGUCCUCCAACAGACUCAGCAGCACUUCAAUCUCGAGCGUAGUGCCAGCCGUACCGAAUCGAUUGCGCCUAACGCUGCAGCGGGCGGCAUCGGCUAUACUGCGACUACCAACUCUUCAAUGACCAAUGUCAGCAACGUGCCGUCGCGUGUAGGCACACCCGCCAUCGGCCGCACAAGUACAAGCACCAACAAUGCACUGCUCAACGCCGGUGGCGUCGUCGCCCCUCUUGCCGCCCCCUCAGCAGCUUCAUCUACGAUGUCACCUCGUGAUGGUCACCCGCUACGCACACCUAGUCUCGUCAGCCGCGAGAGCUUCCGCAGCGACCGCGAAGAUUCGGAUGGUCAGGCGGACAAUGAGCCUCUCUUCGACGCCUCAGGCAAGCCUCGCAUGCCUCACGCCGACACAUUCCCGCUCAUUGCCAAUUCGCUCAAGCUCAAGGUCGAGAUGGCACACUCCCUCGCCUCGUCCAUACCCGUCGAUGCUCCGGCACCUUCCACAAGCAAGGUUGCGCUGCGAGAUGCUCUGGGUCAGAUUGAAGACUUGACAAAUCAAUUUGCCCUCCUCGUCGGCGAGCGCGAGGAGUACCUGCUGCGUCGCUACGAGCAAGAGAUCCAGGUCAAGCGCCUGUGGGAGGAGAACAUGAAGGCAUUAGCUCUGCAACAUGCCGAGAUGGAGAAGCAGCUGCAGGACGCUGCGCAGGAUAAUGCGAGGAAGCGGAAGGCUCUGAGAGAGGUGCGAGAGAACUUUGGCUCGUCGGCCUCGCCCGCUGCUGGAGCCGUUGCGAGCCCGCCGAUUGUCAGCCCGACGGCUCGCCGAGGCGCACCUCCUUCCUUCGACGGGACCAUUGCCGACCGAAGAGAAGGUACAGCGCCGAUGGCCUUGGGCGCCAUUCCAAUGGCACCGGCACUGGCCGAGCUCACACCAGGUCGAGAGUCAGUCGAGGAGGGUGAGGACGACUUCUUCGACGCCGUCGAGUCUGGCGACUUGCCUGGCCUCAAGGUCGAGACGCCCAUCGCGCACGUCAGCGAGGAGAAGAACUGGCCCUCUUCGUUCAACAAGGACAUGCUGGACGAGCACGACUUCGAAGCCAGCCUCGAGCCCUACCGCAAGCUGCGCACUAAGCUGCCAUUGGGCAAGGACGACAGGCCUAGCGUGUCACUGUGGGCCAUCUUGAAGAACAAUAUCGGCAAGGAUCUCACGAAGAUAUCGUUCCCCGUCUCUUUCAAUGAACCCACGAGCAUGCUGCAGCGCAUGGCUGAGGACAUGGAGUUCUCCGAAUGCCUCGAUGCCGCAGCCACGCAGCAAGACUCGACGAAGCGCAUUGCAUUCGUGGCCGCCUUUGCCAUGAGCAAUUAUUCGAGCACCAUCGGGCGAGUGGCCAAGCCGUUCAACCCCAUGCUUGGCGAGACGUUUGAGUACAUCCGACCGGAUAGACACUACCGUUACAUUUCCGAGCAGGUGAGCCACCACCCGCCCGUCUCAGCAUGCGUGGCCCAAUCACCACUCUGGGACUACCUAGGCUGCGUGGACGCAAAGUCCAAGUUCCUCGGUCGUACAUUCGAGAUUAGGCCAACGGGCGUAGCUCAUGUCAAGCUCAAGGUGAAGAAGGACUGGGUCCCUUCCUCCGCCUCCAACAAGCAACCGCCUUCUGCUGGACCUGCUUUCAAGGAUCUGGUAGAGGAGCACUACACGUGGAACAAGGUGACCACGAGCGUUUCAGGCUUCAUCGUCGGCAGCCCCACGAUCGACCACGUCGGCGACCUCACCGUAGUCAACCACAUCACGGGGGACAAGUGCACGCUCACUUUCAAGCCUCGCGGCUGGCGUGGUGCCAACGCGAGGGAAAUUUCUGGUCAAGUCUGGAACGCUGCGGGCGACUUGGUGUGGGAGAUCGCCGGCAGGUGGGACAGCCAGCUUGUAGCACGCAAAGCUGGCGCUGGGCGAGGGGUUCUGGACCCGGACCAAGCUUAUCAGGGUGACUUCUCCGCUGCGCCGCUUCCCUCAAGCGCAGAGUAUCUCCUCCUCUGGCGCAACAGCGAGAAGCCGCCUACCCCCUUCAACCUCACCCCCUUUGCUGUCACGCUCAACGACCUACCACCUACCCUCCCCAAGUGGCUCCCGCCGACGGACUGCCGCGUUCGCCCUGACUUGGUCAGCUUCGAGGAGGGCCGCUUCGACGAGGCGAACAACCUCAAGCAGUCCCUUGAAGACUACCAGCGUCAAACUCGCCGCAAACGUGAAGCUGGCGAGAUGCCACCGCACGAGCCGCGCUGGUUCACCAAGACGGUCGACGCGGAUACGGGCGAAACGCUUUGGCAGCCCAAGAGCGUGGAGAUGCCACCGAGAGGCGCGACGGGCAAGGCGGAGAAGGCUGCUGCUGCUGGGCAGACUAUCACUACACCCGAAUACUGGGCUGUGAGAGAGAAGGUGGGUGCGAAGGGGGACCAGGAGCUUUGGGGCUGCGAUCAUAUCUAUGGGAGCUUUGAGAGUCAGAGGGUCAAGACGAGCCAGAGAGUGGGGGCGGCCAAGGCGUAGUGGUAGCGCUCAUUGAGGUCAUGUCGCGCCCGCGUCCCUCUGCUUUCUUUUCCCUCUCUCUGCUCUCCCACAUUGCUUGACCGCGAUGCUUUGCUUUCAGUAGCCUUGUGAUUUGGAUUUUACGAAAUGAUUCCCACUUGCUCUCUCAAUCUCGUAUUCGUUUGCGAAGCAACUGUUUCUAUGUCCCCACUAGAGAAUUCAUAGCGAGCGAGGCAGCG